AUGCGAGGGAUUGGGUGGCUUUUGAUUUUCGCUCGCGACGCCGGAGUCGGAGGUGCUGCAACUGCGAGUCAUGGGGAAGAAGAUGUCACAGAUAGCACGAUAUUGUCUGCUUUGGGCCCCCUUCUCUGCCCUCACGGUUUUGUUUUCGGGAACUCACAAGUUCAAACUCGCUUAAAUUCCCAGUGGGUCACUCAUCCUGGGAUUGCUCUAGCCCAAACUUGCUUAACUUCGGAGUUCCCAUGA